UUUCAUUUAUGUAACGAUCAUGUUGAGAUCAUUGUUAGUUUUAUUGGCGGCGAUCGUAUUGUGCGGUGCCGAUGAAUCAGAAUGCAGAAAGAAGAAGGAAUUUUGCUCAAAGAUCAACGAAUGCUCGACGUGCAUAGCUAGUGACUCUUGCUGUAUUUGGAUUUAUGAUCAGGAAUACACUGGAAUUCGCUGUAACAUCAGCGAAGAAGUCGUAGACACAGAUUUAAAGUAUUUUGCUAAUUUGAAAAAACCAGAAAUCAAGAUUGUAUUGGAUAACGAUUUCUCUAAACCAGAAAUGGGUGUUGAUACAGCGGCUGUGCAAAUACGACCUCAAAAGAUAUCCGUAGUUUUACGAAAAGGUCAGAGUGUGAAUGUGACUUUGCGGUAUAAAGCAGCGAAAAACUAUCCUUUAGAUCUUUACUAUCUAAUGGAUUUGACUUUCUCGAUGAAGGAUCACAUCAUAACUUUGCAGACUUUAGGUACAGCUUUGACGGAGAAGCUUCUACAAAUGACGGAGACCUAUCAUUUAGCCUUGGGAUACUUCGCGGAUAAAGUACUGAUGCCUUACAUGAAGAUGACCGAAAGCUUCUUAAGCAAUCCUUGCGGGAAUACCCCAGAUGCUAUUAAUCAGUGUCAACCGGGUUUCGAUUUCGUGCACACUUUGAACUUCACGGAUGAUGUCAAUGAGUUUAUCAAUCAAGUGAAAGCUGUGAAAUAUACAGCGAAUUUAGAUGAUAUGGAAGGAGGAAUGGAUGCUGUUUCUCAAGUGAUCUCUUGCCAAAGGGAGUUUAUGUGGAGGACACAUUCGCGAAAAAUCAUUGUUUUGGUGACUGAUGGUUACCUCCACUUUGCAGGGGAUGGUGUUUUGGGAGGAACAGUCAAAGCCCUUCCAUCUGGUUGCUUAGUGCACCGUGAUGGUAAUAUUGCUAUCUACGAUGGUCUUCAUUACGAUUAUCCUUCAUUAAGUUACAUUCAUAAACUAUUAAGAGAAAACAAAAUAACUCUAUUGAUGGUGACUGAAAAAGAAAUCUCGAAAUACUAUCAGAUGAUGCACAGCAUGAUGGACGACGUGACGAAAGUGGGCGAGUUGGAGAAGGAUUCGAAAAACGUGCUGGAUUUAGUGGAAGAGGCAUACACAGAGCUCAUACAGAACGUGCGAUUAGGUGCGGAGGUCGACAAAGACGUGGCUUCGGUGCAAUUCUACUCGACCUGCAACAAACGCUUUGGAUGGAAUCGCACAUCAACGUGCAACAACAUCGAAAUUGAGAAGGAGUACGAAUUCAAUGUUGAGAUCAAACUACACGAAUACAAAGGAGACAGCGCUAAAAUCGUCAUCGAGGAAAUGAACAUUGAGGAAAAAUUGGAAAUUGAAAUUAACUACCUGGGAAAUUGCAAAUGUCAUGACAGGAAAGGUGUCUGCAAGAACGGUGGGAUUUAUUCUUGCGGAGUCUGCAAGUGUGGAAAUGGAUGGACUGGAAAAAAUUGCGAAUUCAAAUGCGAUCGAAAUGCUGGACGUUGGAGCAACGAUACUUAUACUUCAACCACAUGCAAUCGCAGAGGUGAAUUCGAUGUUGAUACUUGUAAGUGUGUUUGCGAUCAUGCUUACUACGGUGAAUAUUGCGAGUGGGAACAAUGUGAUAGAGAUAGCAGAGGAAAAGUAUGCAGUGAUCAAGGAAAGUGUGUAGAGUCCAAAUGUGAAUGCGAUGAGAAUUUCAGUGGAAAUAUUUGCGAUUGUACGACUUUAUUGGAUACUUGUAUAGCGCCUUCAGGAAAAGUUUGCGAUGGACAUGGUGAUUGUGAAUGCGGAAACUGCAUUUGUCGCCUUGAAGGAAACAUUACGUACAGCGGAAAGUAUUGCGAUCGAUGUGCAGAGUGUAGCAACAAAUGCGAUGUUUAUGCUGAUGAUGUGGUAUCUAUAAUAAACGAACAUCCAGAUGUUCCGUUGACUAAAUAUCUGUUGACGGAAGUUGAGAAUCCUACUGAAACAAUGUAUUGUUUGAAAAGAUACAUAAAGGAUAACAAGGAGUGCACGGUGAAAUUCAACUACGAGAUCAGCAACAUCACUGAAAUUGAAUACGCGGUGAACUGCUUGCAGAUGGCUAAUGUCACCGCUAUUGCCAUAGCAGUCUCGCUGUGUGUGAUUAUGGCACCAUUAGUAAUGGUACUAAUAUGGCGCUUUACCACGUACGUGAAAGAUAAGAAGGAAUGGGCUCAGCACAUGAAACAGCUUGAGCGUUGUGAAUAUAAUAAUAUGAAUCCGUUAUACAAAUCUCCAAUAACGACGUUCAAAAACCCGAUGCAGAAUACAUCAAAUACUAUGGAGACAACACAUUGAUAAGACUGUAAAUGUUUUUUUUUAGUAUAUAGUUUAUAUCGACUGGUUUACAUUUAAAAAUCAUAAAAACAGUAUA